CAGUAAGAGGUCUAAACCAUUAAGAGCUAGUAUAUUUCUUAACUAUUCAGAGGCAAAUAUUUGAUCAAUUCAGAUAAGAGGCGUUUCUAGAAUGAGUCCAUUCGAAAAUCGUGAGUUGAUGUAUAAGAAAUAUGAUAGAGAAGGUGUUGUUAGUCAAGAAUGGGUGGACAAUGUGGUUGAGUUUGUAGAGUACUUCGGCCCGACUAGGAUCAACUCUGUUGUUGAAGAAGAGCCAAAUUCGACAGACAAGCACUUCUUCGAAAUGUUGAAAGCUGCUGAUACAGAUCUUUGGCCGGGGAGUUCUAAGACAUCUCAGUUGUCUGCAGUUGCGCGCUUGUUGAAUAUUAAGUCAGAGCAUAAUCUAUCUGAGCGUUGUUACGACACCAUAUGUCAAUACAUCAAAGACAUUCUCCCGGAGGACAACUCAAUGGUGAAUGACUUUUAUGAAACUAAAAAGAUGAUUGAAGGACGUGUACAAGGGAAAAUGCGUAAGAGGCAACUAACUGCAGAGGAGCUAAAAGCCGCACACCAUUACGUACUCUUCAAUUGUCCAGAGAUUGAUCCUUAUAUUACGUUGUGCGCAAAUGAAAUUAAAGAGUCUACACCACAGAUUAGUGAAGAAUCCCUGUUGAAACGUGUGGAAGAGACGUUCGCAAGUUGGUUUGAAAAACAUGUCAAGAAUGAUAGGUCUGUCCCGGAAAUAAUCAGUGAUGUGGCCAAGGGUCCCUUAUCAUUUGCGAAGUCAUACCCAAUAUACUUUGCAAACGGCUACCGCUUCCACACAGUAAAACAUGGUUCAAAGCGUGCGGUGUAUAAUAGUGGGGUCUCUAUUAAAGGCGAAUAUGGCGAUUACUUUGGGGUAUUAGAGGAGAUUCUUGAAAUUGAGUAUCCAGCUUUGCCACUUAAACGUUGUGUCUUGUUUAAAUGUCGAUGGUUCGAUCCGAGGUUGAAUCGUGGGACCCGAGUACACAAGAAGUAUGGUUUACUUGAGGUGUUUAAAAAGGGAGAGUUUAACCGAUAUGAGCCUUUCAUUUUUGGGGCACAAGCAAACCAGGUUGUGUAUGUGGAAUACCCUUGCACGCAAAAGACUAAGAGUGAUUGGAUUGCAGUGUGCCAAGUUCACCCUAGAGGUAAUUGGAUUGACACAGAAAAUACACUAGAAUCAGUAGACAAGGAGCAACAGGAACCUUUUCAAGCAAAUGGGACCGAGAGAACCACAAUCAUGGAAGUGACACAAGACGAUGAUAUCAUUACGCUAUCACGCACUCCCUCUAUUUCCUCGAGUCCAUUCACUGACACACAGGUGUUCCCCUCCACCCCACGUACUACGCCAUCUGGCCCUUGUACGUCAGCAUCUAGGGUCGGGGAGAGUGCUGAGGAUCAGGAGGACGGAGGUGGCGAUGAUCACGACUCCGAGGACCACGUUGACGAUGGACACAGUGGUGGGGCUCGAGAUGGCGAGGGUCCCGGUCAUCAGCGUCAGUUCGUGUAUGUCAAUUCGGAUGACGAGGUUACAAUCACUAGCGCUGGCGCUGGUCUCAUCACACCGGCAUUCUACGAGAGGACGGACACAACUGGCAUGUCGUGGGGCAAAGUCUCAGCGACGACGAAGGAGUUCUACUAUCGAGAGUUCAAGAAAAAUGCUAGAGUGGAUCCGUCAAUCGAUGAGGGCAGGCUGAGGAAAGCUUUUCUCAAGAAAGCGGCUGAACAAUACGCAAAUUUUACGUACAAUCAAAGGAACCCAGGUCGAUUGAAGAAGAAGAAGAUGGACUUGAGGCCAUUUGAGCAGUUGAAGAAGGUUUGGGAAGAGGAUCCGGAGUUUCUGAAGUUGAGUAAGACUAAGAAGAAGAACAGAAGGAAGGGAAAAGAGGAUGGUCCUGCUCUUGGGACGUAUUGUGGAGGUUCAGUUCCAUUUUUUGAAAAUAUGAAUCGAUUGGCUAAGAAAAAAGGGGGGCAUGUGUCGUUGGAUGAGGUUAUCAUCCACACAAAGACAAAGAAGCACGACGGCAAGACUUGGGUGGAUCCUGAACAUGCUGAGCUACAGGCUCAAUUCUUCGAACUGCGCGAGGAGGCUACACAGAAUGGGCUGCAAGUCACCGACGAAGAAAUAUGGUACUCGCUAGUUGAGGGCCAUAACGCGAAGAACCGCGUUCCUGGAGUUGGUGACUACGAGCGGGAAAUGAGGAAGAUGAAUCCGUCCUCCAAACCUCGCCGUUCCAGCACGAGUAGUAGAAGCACAACGAAGAUAACAACACUCAAAGAGCAAAACCAAAGGUUGCAGGAACAAAUUGAUAGUCUAACCUCGAACUUGUCACUAACGAUUCAAGAGGAGCUAAGGAAGCUAUAUGGUGGUAACCUUCCUCGACGAGACUUAAUCAAAUUCAGUGAUAUGGAAAUUGGAUAUCUUGAUCGGAAAUGUCAGAGACAAAAGAUAGAAGUCCUGCUUGAGAAGUUCAAAAGCUUCAAAAUGCUUCCCGGAGAAUCAUUUGAUAUGUUGGAUGAAAGAUUCCACAAGAUAUUGAAUGAUCUUGCAUCACUUAACCACGUUCUUUCUCCCAAAGAAAAGAAUGUAAGGUUGCUGAGAUCACUUCCAACUGAGUGGUACACCAAAGCCACAGCCAUGGAAGAAGGAAGAAACCUGGAGAACUACACUGUCCAAGGUCUCCUUGAUGAGCUCAGAACCUAUGAGCACGAGCUGAAGAAGAAGAAGGAAGAACAAGUCACUCCCUUCCCCACGGCAUUGAUGACAACUCCAAGAGUCCCAUCAAGUGAAAGGACAUGCCCAAGGAACUGUGACACACCCUCCUCCAGCCAGCCAUCAAGCUCAAAAAUGGAGAACUACGAGGAGGAAUUUGCCAUGAUGGUCAAGCAAUUCCGGAAGUUCAAGAAGUUCUUCAAGAAGGCUGAUUCAGUCAGAAGGCUAACCAAGGGAAAGCCACAAGUAAGUGACUCCCCUCCUGAAUCUUACAUGUGUUAUAACUGCAGGAAGCCUGGCCACUGGAAGUCAGCAUGCCUGUACCCAAAGGUUGAGAAGUACGGAGAAAGAGAAAGAAACGAGAAGAAAAAGAAGGCAAUGGUUGCUGAAAGUGAUGAGUCAUCCAUCUCAAGCUCGGAUGAAGAAGCCCUCGUUUGCAUGGAGCGCAGAGUUGAAAAGUCCAACCAUGAGGAUAGGUGGACUAUGUCAGAAGAUGACACUCUCUGCCUAAUGGCCAAAGAUGAUGCUGAUCAAGAGGUAACCUCACAAACCUCUUGCUCAUCUUCUUAUGAAAGCAUACCAACUUCUGAAAAUCUUUUUGACCAGUUCAAAAAGAUGAUGGAAGAUUUUGAGGAGAUAAAUCUCAAACAUUCAUCCUUAACAGAAGAGAACAAGUUGUUAAGUGAAGAGAAUCUCAAGUUGACUGAAGGUCGGAAAAGUCAACUAAAUGAGAUCACUCAACUUAAAGCUGAAAAUAAAUCUCUCUCUGAAAAGGUGAAAUCCCUCAACAAGGAGCUAGGGAUACUUAAGUCCAAAGAAGCAGUGGACAAGCUUCUUGAAACGACCAAACAUAAGGGUCGUGAAGGACUUGGGUUUGACCCCUCCAGUUCCAAAAGAAAAGGGAGAACAACUUUCAUCCCUCCUAAACCUACUGCUAAACAAAAUAAGCAGAAAGGAAAGGAAAAGGAGAAACCAACAGAAGUUCCCAAAAAGAAUCGUCAAAUUUCUGAGAAAAUGAAGGUUGUCGGCGCUAAUGUCCAUUUCCAGAAGUUAGAAUCCAAAUGCUCCUCACCAGCGUUCUAUCAAAACUAUCUAGAGAUGAUAGCCGCUCAAGAACUCUCCGAAUUUCUUCAAAUGGAGAUUCGCCUCAAAUAUGAAGCUGAAGUUCUGGAAUUCUACAAAAAUGGAGAGGUCAAGACUGCUCAUCCAAAGAAGGACCCACAGAGGAUGCUUCAAGUCAUCAAAUCCACUGUUGGAGGAAGAAAAGUGAAGCUUUCACAGAAGAAAUUGGGAGAAAAGCUUCGCCUUCCCAAUUCUGGAGUUGAAAUUGGGAAAUUUCCAGUCAAAAAUCUGGACUGGAACGUUAUUGGAAUUUCUGAGCAAGCUCCUUCUGGCCCAGCGAAGAAAGCAGAUCUAAACAAUGACUACAAGUUAAUUUUGGAACUGGUCAUUGCUUGUCUCGAGUAUGGAAGCGGAGGUCAUGCGGAUGACAUCACGCAGGAGAGAGCCUUCAUCAUCAACGCUCUCAUUACCAAAUCUAAGGUAAAUUGGGCUGCACACUUCUUCAAAUCCAUUUCAAAACAUCUGGGAAAGCCAAAUCCGAAGUACCUUUGUCAAGGUCUGUACAUUGGCCAUAUUUUGGAGUCUAUGGGUGCUGCUUCUAAAGGAAAGAAGUAUGAAGAAAGAUAUUGGUUAUACUAUCUGUCUUCAAAAGGGGAAAACAGAGCUGGUGCUAGUGUCACUGCAGAGGAAAGCUCAUCAGAUAAUGUCCCACUCAUCCAUAUGGCGAAGACUGCCAAAAGGAAGCAGGUGGUGUCUCCCUCCAUUAGUGUUGAAGCACCACAGAACCUUGCUCUGGUCAAUGUGGAAGAAGCAGAAGAAGUCUCUGUGCAAGGAGAACUUCAAAGGAAGAAGAAGAGAAAACUCUCCUCUCCCUCAACAUCUGGAUAUGUCAACUCGGAUAAGUUGAAGGAGAAGGAACGUGCUGAGGAAACCUCUGCCCACAACCGAAGUCCUCAACAACUUGAAGAAGAAAUCCCUCAAGUCCAAAGCCUUCCAACCCCCUCACCUCAACCUCAAAUGGAUGAUGCUGAUAACCAAUUUUGGCAGCUCUACUAUGAUUGGAGAGCAUGGAAAGUUGGAAAUUCAGCAGAGCAACUGAUGGAUUGGGACCAACAGCUGAAGAAUGAGAAGACCAUCAAGAAAUGCUUAGAAAUACCAGUCAACCAUAGCUGUGAAGAAAUCUUGGACGACUACUGGGUAUGGCAAAGGAACAAUGAAGAUCUGCAUCUGGAAUACCUAGCCAACUCACCAAAUUCAGAAUUUGAAGUAGAUGAUGAAGAUCCUUUAGUCUACAAACCAGUCUUCUCUAAAGCCACAGAAGAGCAAGUGGUUCUCACUUCUGAAGCACAAGCUAACUUGGUAGCAACAGCUGAGGAUUUCCAAAUAUUUCCGGAAACCUCACCUGCCUUUGAAACGGUUCUGACUGAAGCUGUCCAAGAAAAAGCAGCCUCUCCCCCACAAGAACAGAACCAGAAAACAGCAGAAGAAGAAGAAUUUCAGCAACUAAUCCAAUCUCAAGUUUUAGAGACUCUCACAACUCCUUGUGAGAUCUCCAAUCCUACUGAAACUGAGAUCCCGGAGAAGUCAGCAGAAAUUCCGGAGCAAUCAACUUUUCCAGAAACAAGUGAAGAAGAGCAAGCUGUAGAAAUCCAAAUGAAUUCUGGAGAAGCUGAGAAAGAAACUCAAAUGGCAGAACUGGAAGUCUCUAAAACUCCAAUAGCCAUUUUUGAAGAACAAAAUGAAGCUGAAGAUAGUGACUCCCUCUCUAGAUAUAUAUCGAAUUUUGCGCUUGAUGAAGCAGAAGGAGAAUCUGAGAGAACACUAAAGAUCACUGAUGAAGAAGAUGUACAAGAAGAUGCUGAAUCUCUUCCUAUGCAACUGUUUCAAAAAACACCCUCUUCUCAUCAGGUAACCAACUUUCAUUUUAAUAGCUCUUCCGCCCCUACACUUCCGGAUGAGAUACCGGAAAUCUGGACAAAGAAGGUCCAAGGGUUGAUUGAAUCAGCCCUAGCAUCUCAACAUGCCUCCUUUAGGCAAGAGAUAGAGCAAAUGGAAGCCAGGUACACCAAGCUGAUAGAGAAAUCUGAAGAGAAACACAGCGCAGAUCUCAAAGAUAUAAGCAAGUCAGUGCACAAGACUCUAGAGAUCAUCUCUCUAUUGAGCAAAACUGUGCGCAACACGAUGGAGAUAUAUGCCUCUGACAGUCAUCUUCAACUCAAGGAGAUUAACAAAGUCAAAGAGCAAAUAGCAAAUGUCACUGUCAGUCUACAAAAGCAAAUGUCUCUUCUUCAAAUGGACAUCAGAUCAGCUCUAGCAGUAUCUUCAGCAAAUCAAGUAGUGACCAAAGACUACUUGAAGGUGAUCAUUGACAAUCAGAAGGAAGCACAUAAACUGUUCAGACUUCUUGGCGCAAAGUCUAGAAAUCGCAAGAUGGAAGUGAUUCUUCAACAACACAGUCCAUCCUUGAUACCAGAACUCCCCAUUGCAGUCAAAGAAGGAGAAGUCUCUUAUAUCCCUUCUCAUCUGAACAUGACUAAUCUAAUCCUUGAAGCACAGCAAAGAAAUCCGGAGAACUCAGCGCAGCACCUAUCCAGCUCAAGAUUGGAUGGAACAGAGGCUGUAGGAACAAUUGCUGCUCACUUCUCAAAUGAUAACCAAACAGAGGAGAGAUGCAACAAUAUAAGGCGCAUCAAAGAACUGUGUGGCAACAUGCAAGGUAUCAGUGAGGCUGCCGGAUCUUCAAAACGCAAAAGGAACUGAAGGUUCUUUUCAUCAAACCAGGGGGAAAGAUAUGUGAAAACACUAAUUUGUUUUGAUGAAAACACCUUCUUGUUUAAACAUUGCUUGAUUGGUUUAAACAUUGCUUCAACAAUUCUCUUAUUUGUGCUUAUUAUGAUCUCAAGUAUGAUUUUGAGAACUUUUGUUUCUGAAGCGCAUACAUUCAGGGGGAACUUAACUAAUUUUGGCUAAUAAUUGUUUUUGGCUAUG